UUGCCUCCUCCCUAGUUUCCUGGGCAGGCGGAGUCGUCCUCACAGCUGCGGAGCAAUGCAAUGCUGAACGGGGAAGAUCUGCCUACACUGCAAGUGUCCCCAGGAGGAGCACAUGGUGACAGUGAUGCCACUGGAGAUGGAGAAGACCAUCAGCAAACUCAUGUUUGACUUCCAGAGGAACUCGACCUCAGAUGACGACUCGGGCUGCGCCUUAGAAGAGUACGCCUGGGUCCCGCCAGGCUUGAAGCCUGAACAGGUUCACCAGUACUAUGGCUGUCUCCCAGAAGAGAAAGUUCCUUACGUCAACAGUCCUGGGGAGAAACUGCGAAUCAAGCAGCUACUACACCAGCUGCCACCGCAUGACAAUGAGGUUCGAUAUUGCAACUCCCUGGAUGAGGAAGAAAAAAGGGAGCUGAAGCUGUUCAGCAACCAGAGGAAACGGGAAAACUUGGGCCGAGGGAAUGUCAGGCCCUUCCCAGUCACGAUGACAGGAGCUAUUUGUGAACAGUGCGGAGGCCAGAUCAAUGGCGGAGACAUUGCUGUGUUCGCGUCGCGCGCUGGUCAUGGUGUGUGCUGGCACCCACCCUGCUUCAUAUGCACCGUCUGCAAUGAACUCCUGGUGGAUCUGAUCUACUUUUACCAAGAUGGGAAGAUAUACUGUGGCAGGCACCACGCUGAGUGUCUAAAGCCACGCUGUGCAGCCUGCGAUGAGAUCAUCUUUGCAGACGAAUGCACAGAGGCUGAGGGGCGGCACUGGCACAUGAAACACUUUUGCUGCUUCGAGUGUGAGACAGUGCUCGGCGGCCAGCGCUACAUCAUGAAGGAGGGCCGGCCCUACUGUUGUCACUGCUUCGAGUCCCUAUACGCGGAAUAUUGUGACACCUGUGCCCAGCAUAUAGGAAUUGAUCAAGGUCAAAUGACCUAUGAUGGCCAACACUGGCACGCCACCGAGACCUGUUUCUGCUGUGCUCAUUGCAAGAAAUCCCUCCUGGGGCGGCCAUUUCUCCCAAAGCAAGGCCAGAUAUUCUGCUCACGGGCCUGCAGUGCUGGGGAGGAUCCCAAUGGCUCGGACUCGUCUGAUUCAGCCUUCCAGAAUGCCAGGGCCAAGGAGUCACGGCGCAGUGCCAAAAUCGGCAAGAACAAGGGUAAGACAGAGGAACCCAUGCUGAACCAGCACAGCCAGCUGCAGGUGAGCUCCAACCGGCUGUCAGCCGACGUGGACCCCCUGUCACUGCAGAUGGACCUGCUCAGCCUGUCCAGCCAGACACCCAGCCUCAACCGAGACCCCAUCUGGAGGAGCCGGGAUGAGCCCUACCAUUAUGGGAACAAGAUGGAGCAGAACCAGGCCCAGAGCCCCUUGCAGCUCCUCAGCCAGUGCAACAUCAGAACUUCCUACAGUCCGGGAGGCCAGGGGGCUGGGGCCCAGCCUGACAUGUGGGCCAAGCACUUCAGCAACCCCAAAAGGAGCUCCUCCCUGGCCAUGAAGGGGCACAGCGGCAGCUUCAUGAAGGAAGGCCGCGAGGACUAAUGCCGAGAGGACUACUACCCGGGGAGGCUGAGAUCCCAGGAGAGCUAUAGCGAUAUGUCCAGUCAGAGCUUCAGUGAAACCCGAGGCAGCAUCCAAGUCCCCAAGUAUGAGGAAGAGGAGGAGGAAGAGGAAGGGGGCAUGUCUGCCCAGCAGUGUCGAACCCGUCAUCCCAUCAGUUCCCUAAAAUACACAGAGGACAUGACGCCCACAGAGCAGACCCCACGGGGCUCCAUGGAAUCGCUGGCCCUGUCCAAUGCAACAGGCCUCUCUGCCGAGGGUGGUGCCAAGCGCCAGGAGCACCUCUCCCGCUUUUCCAUGCCUGACCUCAGCAAAGACUCUGGAAUGAACGUCUCCGAGAAGCUGAGCAACAUGGGCACCCUCAACUCGUCCAUGCAGUUCCGGAGCGCAGAGUCGGUUCGCAGCCUGCUCUCGGCCCAGCAGUACCAGGAGAUGGAGGGAAACCUCCACCAGCUGAGCAACCCCAUUGGGUACAGAGACCUGCAGUCACACGGAAGGCUGCAUCAGAGCUUUGAUUUUGAUGGGGGGAUGGCGGGCAGCAAGCUGCCCGGGCAGGAGGGCGUGAGGAUCCAGCCCAUGAGCGAACGCACCCGGAGAAGAGCCACUUCGCGCGACGACAACCGGCGCUUCCGGCCUCACCGGUCCCGGCGCUCCCGCCGCUCGCGCUCGGACAACGCCCUCCACCUGGCCAGCGAGCGCGAGGCCAUCUCUCGGUUAAAAGAAAGGCCCCCUCUGAGAGCCAGGGAGGACUACGACCAAUUCGUGCGCCAGCGCAGCUUCCAGGAGAGCCUGGGGCAGGGGUCCCGGAGGGAUCUGUACGGCCAGUGCCCAAGAACUGUGUCAGACCUGGCCUUGCAGAACGCCUUUGGGGAGCGAUGGGGACCCUACUUUGCCGAGUAUGACUGGUGCUCCACCUGCUCCUCCUCUUCAGAGUCCGACAAUGAGGGCUAUUUCCUCGGAGAACCGAUCCCCCAGCCAGCCCGCCUCCGCUAUGUGACGAGCGACGAGCUGCUGCACAAAUACAGCUCGUACGGCCUCCCCAAGUCCUCCUCCACGUUAGGCAGCAGAGGACAGUUGCACAGCAGGAAGAGACAAAAGAGCAAAAACUGUAUCAUUUCUUAAGAUGGUUGCAGUCAGGGAAUGGGGGAAGAUGGGAGCUGAGAAUGUAAAUUCUGAAACUUGCACUGUUUUCCAUGGGAAAGCGCUUUGAGGGGGGCGGUUCACGGGGGAAGAAAGGGAGAGCGCUCAGUUGGUGGAGGCAAGGUUGCAGAUGGACUCCAUAGGUAGUCACAGUUCUUGGCAUGUUGAAUAUUAUUUGCACAUUUCACUUUGGAAACACAAUAGACUUCGUGGAGGCCAGGGUUGGUCACCUCCUUCCCAUCAGUUGUGUGUUGAGUUGCCACUCAAGAUGGCAAAUUGUUUCCCUCCCGCUAGCUUAUAUCUUCUCUGGUUCUCUUCCUUUCAGGACCCUUUUUUUCCAGUAAGUAAUUUGUUUAUUAGCCAGGACCGAAGACUAAGUUAUUUACAUGUCCAUUGUAAAUGCGAUGUAAAUGAGAGUUCUGAUAAAAUAUUUUUGUAUUUUGUAAUAUCAAAAGGAAUUUAUAUAUCGUAGGACCCAGUGGAGAUUUUGCAUGCACAUCCAGCAUUGUCUUUAAGUAGUAUUAAAAGGUGGCCCAGGACCUC